AUGGUCAACAGCACUCUCAACGUAAUGGAGAAGAUGCGUGCUGAUGCUCUCUCGCGUAUCAAUCCAUCAACCUACACUCGACAAGUCGCACGACGACGUCUAUUCAAGGUUGGUGACUCCGUGAUGAAGUGGGUCCGUAACGUCGACCCCCUUACUCCUUCAUGGAGAGGCCCUCUACUGGUUCAACAAGUACUUGGCGAUUCUACUUACAAGCUUUCCGACGGCACUGUUCAAGAUUCCAGAAAUAUACGGAAGUACUUCGGUAAAGCCCAGAAUAUGAAUCCCAUUACUAUUGCAUAUAUUCAGUAG